ACUAUAACCCCCCUUGAAGCCGCUGGCGAUCACACAAGUGUGAAAGUACCAGCCCCAACUGUUGCCCGGACCAACCCAUUCAGCAUCCAGGUCCCACACAGUCCGACAGAGAGCAGAAAGAGUGCGCACGGAGCGCAGAGGAGAAAGUCGUGCUUUUACAGCGUGGAUUGUUUUUAUGAUUCGUUUGGACAUUUCUCUGCACGUUUCCUCUUUUUGAUAUUUCUGGAGUUUUUGCUGGAUCGUUCUCGGCCCACAAACGGCAGUCCUUAUUAUGACUUCCUCGCACCUGUCUCUACUGACGCUGAUCUGCGUCCUGGCCUCUGCAUCGUUUACCGGAGUCGCCGGCUUCCUCCAGCUCUCAAGUGACUUAGACGAGGAUAUGCUCUCCCGGCAUAUGCAUAGGUUGUACGAGAACUAUAACAGAGAGAAGCGCCUGAAAGAAGGAAACACUAUCAGGAGUUUCAGAGCCAUCCAAGACUCUGCUGACCACAGGAUUGUGUACAGACUUAACCUAACAACCCUUCAGGAAUCAGAGGCCAUCCUCUCUGCAACAUUCCACUUCCUGCUAGAUAAGCACACACUUACAAGACCCUGGUUCUGCAAACGCUUCAAGAGCCCAUCGUGCCACUCCGCAUUCACACAACCUUCUCCGUCCAUCAGUUUGCUGUUUCGCUCCCUCUCUUCUGGGUUGGAGGUUAGAUCUGAGCCGGUGGGGUCAUCUAUAGGUAACGUGACCUUUUACCCCCACAGGAAAGGGGUUUGGCAGAUGAAAGAUGUGACCAAGAUAAUAAAGGAAGCUCAAAAUAGGGGUCAGUUUUUGCUGUCGCUGGAACUGGAAUUUGGACAACAGCCCCAUAAAAAACAAGAGGAUGUUUUCUCUGCUGCCAGCAUGCCCUACCUGUUGCUGUAUGCCAAUGACCAAGCUUUAGCAGAGCCAAACAGUGUUGCUGCUAGCCUUCAGAGAUAUGACCCAAUAAGUGAGGGAGCAGAAGUCCAGCACAGGUCUAACUCCUCACCGCGACUAAAGGGACGAAUAAGAAGACAAAUAAAUCCACUCCCUGACACCAUUCAGAGCAACGAGUUGCCCGACGUCAACUACAGACCCAGUGAAUACAGAAAAGAGGACCUGUGGGAGAUCAACCGUCACCUGGCACUCAAACCAAAGUUUAAAACAGAGAGGAAAGAAAAGAUGGGGAAGAGUCAAGACAGAGAAGAGCGAGACAAAGCUGAACCUCAGAGCCUCAAAGGAGAACAAAGAAUAGCACAAAUUAAAACGGACGAUUCAACUACCCUCAAAGAUAGUUCAAUACUUUCUCUUGGUGACAGACAGAAGAGUGAGCGGAGCCAUCAGGAAAAACACAAGGGCAGGGUUAACACUCAGUCAUCUGUUCUGAGUUUUGAUGAACAAACAAUGCGGAAAGCCAGGAGACGGCAGUGGGGCCAUAACAGACGCUGUUCCAGGAGGAACCUAAGAGUGGAUUUUGCUGAUAUUGGCUGGAAUGAAUGGGUUAUAGCCCCCGAGUCAUUUGAUGCCUAUUACUGUGCUGGUGCAUGUGGUUUUCCAAUGCCUCAGGCUGCCAGGCCAUCCAACCACGCCACCAUUCAGAGCAUAGUCCGAGCUGUUGGGAUCAUCCCUGGGAUUCCCGAACCCUGCUGUGUCCCAGAAAACAUGAGUCCUCUGGCUGUUCUCUUCCAGGAAGAAUCCAGAAACCUGGUACUCAAGGUUUACCCUAACAUGUCCGUCCAAUCCUGUUCCUGCCGAUAGAACAGUGGUGAGGGGAGAACGCAAAAAAGGGAGAAACAACAGUUGUAAAGGUGGCAGAACUCUGCAUUGGAUAACAGGUUUCCUGAUGCUGGAAAAAAAUGACACCCUACAUUUCUUCAGGAAUAAGGGAGUUAUAAAUGAAUCACUUCCAUUGAAUUUGACUGACCUCUGCACUGACAGGAGAAUCACAGACAGUGUUUUGUAUCUCCAAGAAGACCCAUAGGUUAUAUGUUGCCGAAUGCAUUCUGUUCAGAAGAGUAUUUAAGAAAUGUUUUCCUUUUUAAUAGCAGAAAGUUUUUAAACACAACUCAUGUUGAGUUUGUGGGGUUUUUUACAAUGCACUGCAAAAGUAUUCAUACAUUUUGAACCUUUUAAAAUUUGUUCCCAGUACAACCACAGGCUUCAAAACAUCCAUCCAUCCAUCCAUCCAUUUUCUGUUCACCUUUGUCCCUAAUGGGGUCAGGAGGGUUGCUGGUGCCAAUCUCCAUCUACGUUCCGGGCGAGAGGCGGGGUCACCCUGGACAGGUCGCCUGUCUGUCACAGGGGCUUCAAAACAUUUCCCUGGGAUUUUAUGACAGAACAAUACAAAACUCUAAUUUGUGAAGUGAAAAUACAAGGACAGGUGCUAUUUUUUCUUUUGCAAAUAAAACUAUGUAAAGUGUGGUGUUCAUUUGUAUUCAGAACCCCCAAGUCAGAGCCAGAUAACCACUUUUAGGUUUCUUCCAACUUCUAGAGACCUACAUCUGUGUUUGCAUAAUAAUCCAUCAAGCACAGCAGACUGGCAGGAUGGAAUCUUUGAAAUGCAAUUUCAAAUUUAACAUUUAGUUCUGGGCUUUGACUAAGUCUCUCUAAUACAUCUAUAUUCUUUCAUCUAAACCAUUUGUUGCAGUCUCUAAGGGUUUUCUUACAGAACUCCCUCAUCUUUAGAUCCAAUCAUCUUCCCAUCAUCUCUUGUCAAGUUCCCUCUUCCUGCUGAAUAAAAGCAUUUCCAUAGGGUGAUGUUUCACCAUUUUAAACAUGUUUCACCAUUUUAAGUCACCUCCCUACACCAUAGGACAGUCAACUCUCUUUUAAUCUCAUCUGACAAGAGUGAGUUUCUUCAUACCCCUGAAUGCCUUGCGGUAAAUUGUAAACGGAACUUUUCAAGACUUUCUUUUAGCAUAUUUUCUUCCCAUUCUUCCAUUAUUGCCAGAGUUGUGGAUCACAAAACUUACAUUGAUCCAGUUGAUGUCAAAUCUUUGAAUAGGCUGGCAGUUGUUCCAUGCUCUCGUUAUGUUGAGUAGAUGGACCAAACUGUGUCCUACGAGAUCUCCAAGCUUGGAAUAUUUGUGUUUAAAAGUGGUUUAAUUUAAAUACACAACCACAUUUUUCAUACUUUUAUUUUAAAAAAGUAAUAAUAAAACAAAGAAAAAAAGAAAUACUAAACCCAUAUAAUCAUUUCCACAUACAUGCUCACACAUUUUGUUCAACAUUAUGUUGGUCUGUCAUUUAAAAUCUCAUCCAAAUACAUCCAAGUUUGUGUAUCUAAUAUGACAAGAUGUAAAAAGGAGUAAGAAUACUGUAGAAGGUGAAAUCUUUGACUGCAAAAUCACAUUAUUAUUUGGCAGCUCAUUCAGAAAACAAGAUUACAAAACAUUUCCAAUUUUGUGCAUACUUUAUACCCUCAUAUGUGUAAUUUUGUUUGCAGCCAAUAUGUUGUUUAUGUUGUAUAAAGACUCAAAUUGUAGAAAGCACUUCACACCCAGGAACUCCCCUCUAACACUUCAAGAAUGUUCGAAUAAAAACAUGUGUUUUGUAAGUUAUUUUCUUUUUGUUUGUUUGGUAUUUUGGAUGUGAAAUCUGAUUUAAUAUGACUCUAACAGUAACUAGAUUAUGUAAUGCUACUUUUCAGAUUAUACUGGGUUUUUUUUUUUACUUGUGUAUUGCUUAAAUUAUGAAAAUUUUGCCUUAUAAGAAUUAGAAUAAAAAUAAUUUAAUCCACUGGCCUUGCAGUAAUAUUAUUAUUUUACACAGUACUAGUUUUUCUUGGAAAUUUCAGAGUGUGAAGUUUUGUAUCAAAACAAACCUUAAAGGACACCAUGGUUUUAGCAUCAUUGGUGUACAAAAGCAGGAAGGUUCCACUCAGAAGCGGGCCCUUUGAAACCAUUGUUGCCCCACACCAAAGGCUCAGGCAUCAGCUGUCCAGCGAAUAAUGUGACGGAUGUGGGCUGCUACGGAUAAAUGGUUGACGGAGGAAGCAAACCUUCACCCAUCAGGACGUCAGCCACUUGAACUUCAAAACAUGGAGCACUUCCCCUUUUUCUGCUCAUCCAUAGAGCAUUUCCAAGUGUGUUUUUUUUUUUUUUUUUUUCGUUCCGGCAGAUGCUUGCAGACAGCUUAUCUUGUGUCGAGAUUAUUUAACUAUCCAAUUACUACUCAGAAAUUCGGCAUUAGUGUGAUACAUCUGUUCAUAAUGACAACAUGUUGUAUUUGUAAAACACCUGGAAAGAAAACUGUCCCAAAGACAGCUACAUGUUUCAGAGAGGAAGGAUAUAAAAGGCCCUAUUGUGAUUAAUUAUUGCUGUCCAAUAUUAAAUUAGUAGUAUUUUUGCCAUGUUCAUGGAUCAUGGGUAUGUAUAGAAGAGACAUUUGAAACACUUGUUUUGAUUAUAUCUUUGUCUGCUGAGAAGCACUAAUAAAAUUAAGUUAGUACC